AUGAACCCGUCGGUUCUGGCCGUUCAUAUUAUGAUCGGCGUAUUGGGCGGAUCAGGACUCAUAUUGAAUACUGUGGUAUUGUAUUUUCUCUGUCAGACACAGCUCACUUCCAAACUGACCACAACUUUGAUGCGUAGUCAAAGUGUGGCGGACGGAUACUCUUCCCUCAUAAUCAUACUGUAUCAAAUACUUGGUCCACAAAUUCACACCGGUUCCGAUCCGAUAGAUCGAUUACUCUGCUGGUUCUGGUCACAUGAUCAAUUGUUCUGGUUCGGGGUCUCGCUUAGUGUACACAAUAUUGUAUGCAUCUCAUUCGAUCGCCUGAUAGCCGUGGUUCGACCCAUCCAAUAUCGUCUACAUCAAACCUAUCUGCUUGUGGUCUGUUACGUCUAUCUAAUUGGGAUUGUUCUGUUUCUGUUCGUCCCGAAUUUUCUCUUGCGUGAUUAUCAUAACGGUACGUGUUGGUACGGGAUCCCGCAGGAGAAUACCGCGAAAAGUCGAUUUCUUGUGUUACACUCCUAUUUUUGGUUUACUCUGGCCUAUUUGUUACCGGCACUGUUUGUGGUCCUCUGUCAUGCCAUGAUCAUACGCUAUCUGCGCCGAUCACAAGCCGAAGUAGCCAGUGAAACUCCCGGUCAAGGUGGAUCAAUCAAUGUGAAACGAAUUGUGACAGUCACGGCUGGGAUGGCGGCGAAUUUACUGCUAUUUCACGCCUGUGAAUGUGUUCGUUACAGUCUGGCCGCGAUGAAUGUGAUCCGUUACGCGGCCGGAUCGCCGGAACAACAGGCAGGAAUUCUGUUGAUCACAAUCAGUUUCUGUAUUAAUCCGUGCUUGUUACUCUACACCAAAGCCUCAUUAUUUGUGACUAUACGGGAUUGUAUUUGCCUGGGGAUUCCACGAGUUUGGGGCCGUUCGAAAACGGUUUUACGGCAGCGACAAGGUUUGCCAUUGCAAUAA